AUGAGAUUUCCAAGAUUAUCUUGUGAUUUCGCUGUUUUGUUGGUUGUUUUCGUAAUUUUUUCGGUGUCUUUGGGUGUAGUUGCUGUCACAAAAGAAAUAUCGGACCCAAAUUUACCCGGUGCUCCUAAUAUUACUCCCACAAUGUCGAGUCUGAGUGUUACACUUGCAACAACUACAAAGGUAACUUUUGUUUAUGAAUCAACUCCUCCCAGCACCUUAACAAAAUACAACAUCGUAGUGAAUGGAGUAUCCGUCACAAAUGACUCGUGUGUAACUGGUAAUAGCUGCACAGUGACUCCUUCAAGUCCUUCCUAUAGUAUUUCGGUAUCGGCCACCAGCGAUACCUCGACAUCCACACCGUUAUCAGUAACCGGAGUGCUUCCACCGGUGAUUAGCGUCCCAACUCUUUCAUUGUCAACAACACCAACAUCAAUCCUUGCAACCUAUUCAUCUACAGGUGGUUUUGGAGCAAUUCUCUAUACAAUUAGUUUGGGAUCAUCUGUUAUUCCAUCGUGCAAUGGAAUCCAAGCGACCACUUGUAAUAUCACUGGAUUGAUGACACUCUCACUCUAUACAGUCAUAGUGUCCGCCAGUAAUGAUGGAACUAUGAGAAAUGCUGCUUCAUCCACCAAGCUUUGGGAUUAUAUUCAGAAUCCAUCUGUUUCCUUUUCCAACAUUAGAACAAAAUCGAUGGUCGUUUCUUUUAGUGCCGGAGGAGGUAAUCCGAUAUUGACCAGGUACUCAGUGGUUGUCAAUCAAACGAAUAUAGAUGCUAUUUUCUAUGCUUGCCAGGAUAUUACUGCAACUAAUUGUACCAUUCCCAAUUUAAUUGAAAAUACACUCUACGCGGUAACUGUUUUGGCAACCAACAAUGGUAUUACGAGAAAUGUUAUUGCUUAUGGUCAAACAUAUCCAACGAUUUCACCAUUGCAAGUGACUGCCAUCAUUCAGAUUACAACAAUGACAAUUUCCUAUCAAACACAGGGUGGUGUUCCAGGUGAAACAAAAUAUUCGGUUACUCUCAAUGGUAACCCAGUUCAAGGAUGUCAGCAAACAACAACAACUUCUUGUUCGCUCACAGGAUUAGCUCCUGGAACCAACCAAAGUAUCGGUGUAUCCGCAAUCAAUGAUGGAAGUACAACUACCGCAACUUCAAUUUUUAAAACUUGCGACCGUCCAACAAUGUCAUUUCUUGAUAUUAUAUCACUGACUACCCAAACAGUUUCAUUCACCUAUUCUAGCGCAGGUGGUGUUCCAGGUUCAACAACCUAUAGUAUCACUGUCAACGGCAACUCCUUAGGCAACACUGGAUGUGAAAAAGUAUCCCAAUGUACUGUAUCGAAUUUGGUACCUGGUUCCGUUGUUUCUGUACAAGUAAUAGCCAACAACUAUGGUUUUAACUCACCAUCUUUGAGCGCUAUUGGAACUCUUUAUUCUUUAGUGAGUGUUCCAACUGCAACAUUUGUGACUACAGCCAAUUCAAUCACAGCAACCUAUUCCACAACAGGAGGAGUACCAAAUCUAACAACUUAUAUCGUACGGAAAGAUGGUUUGGCAUUCUGCACUUCAGCAAGACAAUGUAUUAUCUCAGGAUUGAAUGAGAACCAAGGUUAUAACAUUACAAUCGAAGCAACCAACGAUGGAACUACAACUUCCAAAUCUUCGAUUGUUUACGCUUACGCUCCACUUGCAAACCCAGUUAUCAAUGCAAUUGUAAGAACUAAAUCGGUGAACCUCACAUACUCUGCAUCAGGAGGAAAUCCAGAUCUUACCUUUUACACUGUCAGUAUCAAUGGAACUGUAUCGGAUACUUGCCAAAAUACUCGUACCAAGUAUUGCUUAAUAAACGUGCUUCCAGAUACCACUUCUGUUUUCAUAGUUACUGCAACCAAUAAUGGAUCUUCCACAAAUUCGCAAAAAUCAGUAAUAUCCUAUAAAUCAAUCAAUUCACCAUCAAUUCAAACAUCCAAUGUUGCAAUGAAUUCAGUUGUUGUACAAUAUUCAGUUUCUGAUGGUGUUCCAGGUGAAACUCUAUAUAGUGUCAGUUUCAAUGGUACUGCUUAUCCAAGUUGUCAGAAUAUUCAAAGUAAUUCAUGUCAAUUGGAUAAUCUCAAUUCAGGUACCACCUAUAUUAUCAAAGUGACCAUGACCAACGAUAAUGAUGUUCAAAGCACUGAAAUUUCAGUAAACACUUUGGCAUAUCCAGAUCUCUCAGUUCCUACGGUCACAUACAUCCAAGAUAGAAAUAAUCUUGUUUUCAGUUUCAAUAGCACUGGUGGUGCACCUAAUCUAUCAGUUUAUGAGAUCAUUGUAAACGGAACAAUCAUUUGUUCAAAUACAAAUUAUCAAUGUGAUUUAUCGGUUUCAUUGACAGAACCACAAUUAUAUAAUCUCGAAGUGACAGUCAGAAACAGUGGAAAAUCAGCAACCAACAAACUUUCAAUCACACUAUACCCAAAUCCAACAUCAAUACAAAUAUCAGCCGUAACAAAUACCACAAGUGUCUAUGUCGAAUGGAGUCAAAGUUCAGGUGGAGAGCCAGAUAAAACUAUUUACAACGCAUCAAUCUCAUAUAAUGGAAUCGAUUGGGUAUCGAAAUGCAGUGGUAAACAAUUAAAUUGCACUUUUGAUAAUUUGGCCUCGAGUACACCUUAUCAUUUCCAAGUUUUAGUGAUCAACUCUUAUUUCAAACCUAUCCCAACACAAGCCAGUACAACAACUCAAUCAUUACCAUCUACAAACUCAACUUGCGCAAUGAACAGAGGUGAACCAUCUUGUUCAAACAAUGGAAAUUGUUUAUCAGGUGUUUGUUCUUGCAAUCAAGGCUGGACUGGUAUUUUCUGUGAGAAACAAUAUACUCACACCGAAGUAACUCCAAAUCCAACGACACCAUCAUACGACACAGCCAUUCAAGGAGUUACAUAUUCAUUCUCACUCAACAAAAUCACCGAAAAAGACAAUGUUGGAACCACUGUCAAAGUAUUUGAUCUAUCGACAUUGAAAUGGACAAUGAUAUCCUCCACAAAUAUCACAGUUAAUAAUACGGCCACCGGAAAAGAAGUCAGAGAAUUGAAAUGGGUAUAUUCAGCAAUCAAUCAAGCAGGACUCGAUGGUGCUGAAAUUACGAUUCGAUUCUCACAAUACUUAAAGUUGGAUAAUGACAGCAGUACAACAUCAUUCCCAGUGGAAUUUGCAGGAAAAGACAUUCCAGUUCAAUUGGGAUCAAUGAAAUAUUAUAUGAGCAUCAAGAAUUGGAAUUUCGCAAGCAAAUUAAAUUACUUGGAGAUUGCAAGUGUCACCACUCGACCAAAGGAUGCAUCAUCAUGCAGUUCAACAGAGAAUCUUUCACAAAUUGAUUUCUCCAAAGAUACAGAUUUCACAGUUUACACAGUUGGAGAUGGUGCUGGAAAUUAUGUUGUUGGAAGACUUGUCAAUCUCGUUUUGUUGGAUACGAUCCCAACAUUAGUUUCACACAGUUAUUCGUUGAACUCAAGCAAUGGAGAUGUAAAUAUCGUUUCAAACGUUCCAUAUUUCUCACAACAAGUCGAUGUUGAUCCAGAACUUGAUAUGCUCGUUUCACCAACUCGUUCAAAUGAUAGUUGCAAGAAAGACGAUAACAAAUGGAAGAUUAUUACUGGUGCUGUCGUUGGAAGUGUUGUAUUUGCUUCCGUCGUUGUUGUCUCUGCAGUUUUAUUGGCAAAGAAAUUUAAAUAUCAUAGAAUCUUUAGAAAGAUUUCACUUUUGAAUAAAUAA